AUGUCAAAACAAUAUUUUUUCUUUAAAAACUUGGUGAGGGGUGCACUGGACGAUAACACAUUUUUUACAUUAUGGGAGCUUCUAGAGUCCUGGAUUUCUCAAAACAAUUGGAUGGCUAUCUUCUUUAUAAUUUUUCUAGGAAUUAUUUUUGAGAUUGCACUCAUAAAGAUUUAUACGUCCUUUAAGAAGACACCUGCACUUUCAGAAGAGAGCUCAAAUCCCGAAGAGAGUGAAGACGAUAAUUAUUCAAGUCACUCAUCUUCAGAAGAAAGAGUUGAUCAGUUUUCAGGAAGAACGAUAAGCUCAUCCCUUUUGUCAGAAGAAAAUGAAGGUAACUUUGAAAACACAGUUCCACUGGCUGAGGAAAUGAUGUGGGCAGGUACCUGUGACAGUAGAUACCAAGUAAGUCACCUCAGUGAAAGCUACAUGUCAUCUUCAAAUGGGAGUAACUCACCUUUGUUUCAUUCAGAAAUAAAGGAAGUUUUCGUAAGCCAGGGAGGGAGUUCAGGAAAUGAAGAACAAACAGUACAAUAUUCAUCAAAGAAAUUAUUUUCAAUAAUGAAAACCAACAAAAAUAAAACGGUCAUGUUCUCUUCUGACUUUAACUUUUCAAGAACUUCUAGAAUCUCAUCAGAAACUGAAGACCCGGACGUGGCGCCUUGCCCUCCUGCCCAUUUAUUCCUUUCUAGAGACCAAGUUAGACUUCUGGAAGAAAAUGUGAGACAGCAAAUUCCUUUGAAGUCUAAAGCUACAUUAGAGAAAAAAGUUACUAAUCUGUCCUCAAGAUCUCAAGAGUCUUUGGUUCAGAAUCAUCAUCCUGCUCAAAUGAAUAUUUCUGCCCAAACACAAGAUUCUCCAGGAGAAAAUGUUAAUCAGAAUCAAAGCUUUUAUGAUGCCCAAUUAAUUUGUCAACCCCAACAAUUUGUUUACAACCAACAAGUAAUCAGUUGCCAGCAUGAUACAGAGGUCAGAUCCUUUGCUCUGCCUCAAAAUCUGGUAAGAAGACCACAGUCCAGCAGCACUCAAGAGUCCAUCCAUGCCCAAGUUGUAGACAGGAGUGAACAUUUGGUCCAAGACCCAUGUUCUGUUAAGACUCAAGAUUCAGUCAAGAGCACAGAAUCUGAUAAACACUUUGAUGAAGCCCAAUGUUCUGUUAGGCGCAGAGAUUCAGAUAAGAAAGAAGAGUCACUCUGGAAGCAAAAUAAUGUUUUAAAGAAUGCCAGACAUCUAGAUUUAACUCUGACUCCAAGUCCAGUCACUCACAGGAUGCCGCAGCUAGAGAGGAUGAAGACAAAGGUCCAGGAGCAAAUUGCUUCAUCAGAUUCCAAUCAGUAUUCUGUAUCUGACCCAACCCCCGUUUUGCCUGAAAGGCAGAAAAUACAAAGAAAAAUAUCCCACAGUAAAAGUAAAUUUAGUCCCAAAGUUCCAUCUGAAAAGCCAAAGAAAGCAGCAUCUUCACAAGCACAUCAAAAUACUGGAUAUCGUAUGUCAAAGCACAGGAAGUUAGGAUGCAAUUAUAACACAAAGAAAAUGAAAGAAUUAUAUCAAAGGAAAGAGACAUCAGGUAAACCUUUGUCUCUUACUUGUGUUUCCAAGCUUUUUGUGCCUUAUAUUAAAAAGUAUUCCAGAAAAAAUCUAGUGGAAGUCAUGUCAAGCUUAAACAUAUAUACAGAUUUUCUGCUGAAGCAAGAUAAGUCACUAGAUGCAGAAGUCGAUAAAGCAGGUUCCAUUGAGGAAAGAGGAGCUUCAAGUGAUACUGAAAACAUUAAGCAGCAGAGCAGGGACAAUAAAGGACUAAAAACCACAGCACCAAAAAUUUCACCUCAAGUAGAACAGUCUUUCACAGUCAACACUUUUCAACUGGAAGUAUCUUGUUCUUCCUCAGUAGAAAUAAACUGGAAGAAUAAAGAGUCUCUAAAAGGCCCAGUUAUACAAGGGAAGGGCAUUGGUAUUGCAGAGUUCUUCCAGGCCCUGAAAAGUAAAGGCACGUGUGACUUGUGUACUCCAAAGCAUCAGACUCUGUUAGCAGAGACUGUAUCAGAACCUAUGCAGGACUUUGUUUCCUCUCCCAACAUGAAAUCAAACAGAAGCCUGAAAACAAAGGAGGAGCUAAGAAGUACAGAGGAGCCUCGUCCUCCGCUAUCAGAUACAGAGAAAGUGCCCACAAACCCACCAGAGAGGAGCUUCCCAAAGGGAAAUACACACUGCAAAGCUCUGAGAAUUGUUUUGGAAUCUCCAGAUGCCAAUCUGCUCAUUUCACUGGAAACCAAAAAGCAUGACAGUAGCGAACGACCAGCUGGUAUAGAUAUGCAAGAGGGGACAGGCGAGGUGAUUUGGAAGAAAGAGACACCAUUUAGUCUCCACAUCACAGGCAGUAGUGACCUGAAUGAAAGUGAGGGGCUAGAAUACAGCAGAGCAAGUACGCGAGAUGAAGUCUCCGGUGCUCCUCUCAGGACUGCCCACACAGCCACUUCUGGACCGCCUGACAGGGAAGUGCUGAGCCGACUAAGAGCCAAGACAGAAGCAUCGAGCAUUGUAGACGCCACUCUUUCAGCAGUAAGGCAAGAGGAGCUACCGGACGAAAAGAUGGCAGAAAACACUGAAGAGAAAUGUAGAUCUAAAAAGCCACACAGACAUGACAAAGAGGAAGAGGAACAAGCUUUACGAGAGGCUGCCCUAGAGCAGACAGAAGAUUUCAGGUUCAGCCUGGAGCUAAAGCUGCAGAGCAAACCUGUCCAAUUUGAAAUAGAACAGAUUAGCUCAGGAAAGAGGCAAACUCCAAGUGAAGAGUGGGCGGCUCAAACACAAACUGUUUCUACACAAACAAUCUGGGAGACUAGUCCACGCCCCAGAGUGGGUCUCUGUCAGGCUGAGAAGCAAAGGGCAGACAGCCCGAUGGACACAGAAGAUGCAGGCCCACAGAAUCCUCCACAACCAGAGGAACUGCCAGUGGGUGCAAGUUCAGUGCAAACAUUUGGAAGCUGUGUUCCAUCUAGCAACGACCCCAAAAAGAUUCCAGGUCAUAUUGCAGAAGAAAAGCAAGACAUAAGAGCUUCCCCUGUAGUGGCCUCUGGGUCUUGGGUCAGCCAUGUGCUUCAUUCAUCAUAUUUGAAGAGCCAGGAAAUCAGAAAGGUAUUGUCAGGCACACACAGUGCAUUCAGGCCCCAGUGUGUGGUUAUGAAAGCAAAGGAGCCCACCCUUUUACUGACGGCUCCUAGCAGUAGACGUGGUAUUUCAAGUUACAGAAAAAGAUGCAGAAAAUCCAUCAUUAAAAACCAGAAGCCACAAGACGAAACUGUGACAGAUGUGCUUCUGAAUGCCACGUAUCCACACAGGUCUACUUCCCCUCACAGUAGAUUGCCGAGCGGGGUAAACACAGAGAAUCACAGUCUGACCAAGCUAACACAUGAGAAAUCACAAGUUGAAAGGGAAGAACAGUGUUCAGAUUUCGUAAUUAAAGGGGACGACGCUGGCUGUAGGUCAGACGCUAAACUACACGAUGAAGUGAGAGGGGGCGAAACGGUUCCACCACAGACAGCCCCUUCUGCUCACCGGGACCCCCACAUGGAGCUUCCAACAGAGAAGGAAAUGCAGUGGCCAGGGCCAGCUGCGGAAGCCCCCGUGGCACCUCCAUACUCCCCCGAUCGGGAGCCAGCUCUCAGGGAGAAGGGGCGCCUGGAGACCCAUGGGCGCUUCAGAUGCGCUGCGGUCUCCAAGGUGACACCCUCACCAGGAGCGUCACGGGCAGGAAACGCUUUGAAACAGACAAGGGAACAUGACGGUCCAGGUUAUGAAAAUGACCUGGGUCACUUCUUUGUAGAGAAAGAUUUAUCAGAAGAUUCAGCAGCAGCUUCCCCGGGGACCUUCAGCUGCCACAUUCCCAUUCUAUGUUAUUCUAAAGGGAGGAAACACAGAGAAAGUUUCUCACACGGACAGUGUAAAGAGAGAUCCAAGUCUGUACACGUGAAGACAGGGAAGCCGUCGAUGCCACGAAUACUCAGCAUCACAGGUCAUGGGAGGAAACUGGAAUCCAACUUUAAGGCCAAGUGUGAAAAGAUCAUUCUAGCGGACAGGCUGGUACAUGGCUUUCUCCACACCCUUUACUCUCCCGGGCCCGGCAGGCUGCAGAGAGACCGAUUCGGCCACCCUCAGCUGCUACGAGGGGAGCUUGCAGUCAGUGAAAGGAGACCACCGUGUGCUGAUGCCCCUGCUUAUGUGCAAGAUGCAUUCAGUGACAGAGAAGAAAAAGUAAAAGAUGGAAAGGAAAAAGAGCAAAAUGCUGUCCCAGAAGCAGCUCCGCAGCGUGCUCGAUCCCUCCAGCCCAGCGCGGACCAACGGGAGACCCACAUGGGCCAGCCAGACCCGGCACGGCGCUGUCUGAUGUGGGAGCCACCUGUCCGUGAGCAAGACGCACGGCGCGGAGCACGCUUUCCUGAAACUGCUGCGCAUCCUGGCCUCUGGCCGGGCCCCAGCAAAGCCCAGGACAUUGAGAAAACCGACAAAACAGGGAGUGGCCUGACAGCACAUCUGGGUGCAGAGAUUCUGCCUCCCAGAUCAGGGACCGCAUCAUCUGAUCAGCGUUUGAACACCGCGCCAGGUGUGAAAGAAGGGAAGGAAGUGGCCAGGGAACACGCAGGUCUGCCAGCCCCAGAGGCCAGCCAAGACUUCCUGUCCGAUGCAUGUCAAAAGGAGGAUCAGGCCCCCACGGAAUGGGAAGAGGAACUGAAACGAUCAGGAAAUACACACUCUCAGGUACAACCACAAACCCACCUGACACCAGCUAUUUUGGGUUCUGCUUCAAGCCCUUUAUUUUACCCAUUUCAACAGCGAGAGCUAGAAGGCCCUGUCAGGUCUUCACCCUCAGAGCCAAGGGCAGCAAAGACAGGUGGAAUCGCACCUCCUGCAGGCGAAUGUGGCAGCCCAUCUGGUACCCGGCAUCAAAAGGAGCCACGGCCUGGUGGUGCCGCCCAGGAAGAGGCAGUGACUUUGGAUUUCUACGAGGCUGUGUCGGCCACACCCAGAAGGAAGAGAAACUUCAAACAGUACUCAGAUCUGAGAACUUUAGUCAGUUCCCCACAGGGAAUGAGAAAAGCAAAUAAACCCUCAGUGGUACGCAUACUCAGUGCCAGGGAGGGUGCGAGCUCACACCGUGGCGAGGAACCAGGACGUGACCCUUCACCCAGCGUGGAAGAAAUGGACCCAGGUAAAAAAAUGGCAGCAAGCGUGUCCCCGAUCAUGGCUCGUGUGCCGGACAGCGGCACGUAUGGCCACACAAGAAGAAAGAAAGACAUGUCAGGAGCAGAAAGACUCAUUUCUCAACGAGUGAAGCAAAUGGCAACAGCCCUUGGAGGGACGGUUCCUGCAGAUGAAACCAAAGAAGCCAGUCAUCCAGAUGAAGAGGAAGAAGGUGAGCUGGAGUCAUUCCUGAGAGACAUUCCCCAGCACAGCCAGCACUUCAUAUUCUGCUCGGGCCAGACGAAGGAGUUUGAGCCCCGCGAGCAGCAGUUCGAACACAACCUCAACAGCAUGCUGAAACAUGGCCAGUCUGUGGCCGAUGUAAUCCUAAAUGCCAUUUCCUCGAUCAUCGCUGCGUCCCCUGACAUGCACCACAGGACCGAAGUCGAGGCCGACUCGCUGGGGGAGAUGGGAGUGCUCCAGCAAGCGCACCCAACUACGCCGAGCAACACGACGCACAGGAAGGAGCCACGCGAGAAGGAAGAGGACGACGCCCUGACCACGUCGCCAGCGCCAGGGCCACACACCAGCCAGCACCCCGGCGCCCGUCCCCUCUGUGUGGCAGAUCUCGGCCCUUACAGCUUGGAAGGCAGAGGGACUUGGAAUUUGUCUUGCAUGGUACGAAAGCUGAAUCAAGAAAAGCACAUUUGCGAAACCAUCUGGAAGCCCGUUUCUAGACACGGCUCGUCCCGGGAGCCACGGGAAGAGGCAGCGGCACCCACUGAAGAGGAAGGCGCGGCAGCGGCAGGGGCACGUGGGGGCGUUCUUGCUCUGGAACAUGGGGGGCGCUCGGGUCCUGACAGCGGCAUCGGUCUCUGCAUGCCUAGUUUAUCUGAUUCCAAAAGCCAGCAAGACACAGGACAGCUGCCAGGAAAGAAGAUCCUAUUGGCUUCCACAUGUCUAACUGUUGAGAAAAAGCCACCAACUUCACAUGUAUUUAAGGUGGAGCAGCGGUUCCCCACAAAAUGCAGGGAGAAACACAGGUGCAAUUUGAAAAUCAAAAUGAAAGAGACGCAGCCGAGUCGCAACGUGGCGGAGACAGUUUCCUCGGCGCGGGAAGCGGCUGAUCCCCAGAGGCAGAGCGGGCACAGCACAGAGCUGGACAGGAGGCUCUGUCCCGUGGAAGGGCUGGUGCUCGCACGCUGGCUCAGCACGCUCUGCAUCCCCGAGGAACAGGAGCAAACGGCAGACAAAGCGGGAGACGGCAGAGCCUUAAGCGCCGGCCUGAAAUCCGCACGGGCUGCGGUGCCCGUCCCGGCACCCACACAGACGGAGCCGGCCCCUGGCACCCCGCGGCUCUGUGCAGACGCUUCUGGAAAGGAACGUGCCCUGCACAAAGCAAAACCUAGGAAGAAAGAAAGACGGAACCAAGCGACAGCUAGUGAACGGAUCUCAAAUAACGGGAAGAGAACAAGACAGCACACGGUGCCAGAAAAGAAGGAUAGAAUAAAAGGAGUUAAAUUAACACUGCCACCCAACGGGAGAGAGUUGCCUGUGCUGUUGUGCACUAUCAGGCAAGAAAGCCAGGCGCAGGGCCGCGGAAGGAACUCUGACGUGGGCACGAGAGCCCUGCGCUCUGGCCUGCCACCCCUGCCACGUCCUCACCUGAACACGCGAACACAGGUGAGGGGAGGUGAGCUGAGCAGGGCGAGGGGCUGCCUUCCACUGCCCAGCUUCCGGGCCUUGUCAAAUACCGGGAAAACGUCAUUUGCAGAGUCCGUUCAUAGGGAGAGUUUAAGCAGUGUGAUAGAAUCAAAACCACAUUGUGCACCGAGAAAAAAGGCAGGCAGAGAAAAUGCAGCACAGGCGAAUGGUAUAACGCCCCGGGGGGUAUCAGCUACCAUGAGAAUAUGUGAGGAACCAACUGAUGAUAUUCUAAGCAGCAUUGUGAAAGCAAAGUAUAGGCCACAGAAAGGUGGAGUGGAAAUGAGUCUGGAAGAAAUGUGGUGCAGAGGAGUGGCUUGGAAGGCGAGGCGGCCUGCAUCUGCUCACCACUCACCGUGGCGCCUCACAGAGCAACAGAGAAAGACGCUGCGAGAGACACGCGGGAGCCUCAGGAUCCAGAGCAAAUCUUGUCCUUCCAUCUCUUUCCUGCCUUACUUAGACAUGAUCAGAAGAAGAAAAGUGAAACGAAGAGACUCCAAGUCCUGUUAUCUACAAGCUCAAAUCCAGAAGUCAUCUGACACAGGAAAAAUAGCAUGGAAGAGGCCUCUUCAUGUUGACACUCCACAGAGUACCCAAAAAGCCAAAGAACAUAUAAUUCAAGAACAUGAGAAAACGGAAACAGCAAAAGCCUUACCUUUGAAGAAAAAUACAUCAUCAGGGGCACAGGAAAUCCAGUGGAGCAUCCAAGAACAAGAGGAAAAGGCAGAGAAAGUGACCAGUACACCACGUGUGGUGCUGACCAACACCCGCACGCGCUCACCUGCUGCUUCCCACUUACAGCUGGACCCAAGCAUCGAGAAAGUCGGCUGCGUAAUUGAAAUAACAAAGUACUCUCUUCCCAAAGGCUCACACAGGGGACGGAACGCAGCGAAAAAGGCAAAUGAAGACCCCAGUCGGGGAGGUAUUUCAAGCAGCGUGCAAGAAGCAACGGUGUGUCCGCCACGGGAAGAGGCCAGUGUGCAGCUCCCCGCCAAGGAAGACCCCUCGCACCCGGAGGACCAAGGUCUGCAGCACCGGGAAGCACCUCCCCAGGCUCAGCUGGAGGUAAGCAAGGGUGUCGGAGGCCAGGGAGGGCACCGAGGCCGAGCAAGACCCGCCGGGCCCCCCUCGUGGCACAGGAAGUCGACAGAUGCAGUGUCCCCGUGGCUCGCUACCCCAAGGGACUGGGAAAGAGCAGAAGACCUGGCCCAGGAGAGGCAGGGUGACGCACGUGUCCUCGAGGGCGCUGUGGCGCGGCCCACGUCUGUGGCGCUGAGGGCAAAGCCAGCGCCCCUUCCCCGUAUACUGGAAACGGAGACGCUGCACGUGAGCGUCACGGAGCCCGUGACAGGGGGGCUGGCAGGUGGCAGGGUCGAGGUCGUGGUUCUGAGCAAAAUUUGCCCUUUUCUCGCCUUUUCGACUGACCUUCACCUGGACACCAUAAAUGAGGACACAGGUGGACCGGGAGCUAGCAGCGCCGCGUCCCAUCGUGGGCUCCCAGAAUCACCGGAAUAUCCACCCCCGGGGCAGACUGUGCCUGCAGCGCCAGUGGCUGGGCGCGCGCAGAGCGGAGACCGCCGGCCAGAGAAGGGAAAGCGCCCAGCGCUCCCCCAUGGCGAUGGCGCCCACUUCCAGGCAGGGGCGUCGCGGCCCCCUCCCGUGUUGAGUGCCUCUGAGCACUGCGCCCUGACCAAGGGCAAGAAGGCCGAGGGCGUCGGGGAGAAGGCAGAACAGGAGCCAGCGAGGGCGGAAGAGCCCCACGUGCUGCUGACUCAGGCUCCUGCGGCGCCUUGCCCCGCUCGCCAGAGGGUGGCGGUGAGCCGUGAAGCGUGGGUUGCAAAUACAAGAUUCUCUGUAUCCUCAGAGCUCCCCAAGCCAUCAGGUGCAGGGGAGACCAGAAAUGCAGGCCCCAGAGAAGGCAUUAGCUCCUGUGACUGGACAGUAAAAGCUAUUCGAUGCUUGUCCUAUGAAAAGGCAAAGGACGGAGACAAAAUAAAAGAGGAGAAAGGUGGAAUGGUUUCCAGAGCAAUGAGUUGGAGAGCAGAGAGAGCCCCGUCCUCACGUCAACCCAGCAGAGUCCCUCCCACUGGUAAAGAGCCAGACAAAGGCAUUCUUAGCCGAGGAGGCAAGGCAGGGGGGCUGCCGGCAGAGAGCGGGGCUUCUUUCCCACCCCCUUCUUCCCUGAACCGGGACACUGGGGUGGAGGAAAGGGACUUACUAGGGCCGGCAAAAGGCUACUUCCCACCAGUGAAGAUUCAGGAUCCGUGCAGUGUGGGCUUAAGAGCAGGGGUCAAGUCAUCUGAUUGCAGCGUGUUAAAAGGGAAAGACAGAAGGCAAGCAGAUGUCGAGGAGAAAAUCCUCCCCGGGCACGUGGACCUGAAGGCCAGGAAAUUCUCCCUCACACAUGCGCUCCGUGCCCGAGCGUUGCAGUGGGGAAGUGAAGAGCGAGAGCGUACGAUGCAGGAAGAUAAAACACCGGUCGUGGGUCUGGACAGCAUCUGUGCUUCUUUAGCUACUCUGCCGUAUUUUAAAUGCGACAUAACAGGAGAGCGGUACACGUUAAGAAUAGCAAAGCUGCCCCUCUCUCAGCCGCCCUUCAAGCCGUCAUCAGAUGCAGAGAAAACAGCUCGCCCACCUGCUACUGGUGCGGAAGCUUCCAGCGACCUGCAGGAACCAGGAGAGCACCCGCUGCAGAAAGAAGAGAAGGGCCGUGAGGAGAACACAGGCAGGAGGCACACGGCAGAACCCAGGGGUGCAGGUCCGCGGGCAAGGAAGCCCCCCGUUUCACUUACGUGGAGUCGGAGCACCCUGCAGACAAGUGAGGGGCCAGAGGGCCGGGUUCCGGCAGCCGAACGGGAGCCGGGCAGGGUCGUGCCGGCUCACACCUGUGCUUCUGGAGCGCGCCCGCUUCCCCUGCCUGGGAGUCCCGGCAUGGAGCUCGGAGGCGGGCUGGGACCAACAAGACCCUGCUCCUCCUGCACGAGCUUCCAGGAGUCAUCAGAGGCUGGGAGAGUAGAACAGGCAGAGCCAGAGACUGGUGAUACUUCAGUCCCCCCACACCAAGGAGAAGGAUGCGCACCCCAGAGCAGGGCAGGGGAAGGCAAGGGCCUCCUGCUUCCCAGACCUCCCAGAAAGAAGACGCGCAAAUGUCAGGCUGAAGCAGGUGUGGUUCUGACCACGCCCAGCUCGCGGUUGUCCAGCCCUCACCUCAAGGUGGAUAAAGGAACCCAAGUGGAGGCUGACCUGCCAAGCCCUGGCAGAACCACAGAGGCGGGGGAAGGAGUCCCCUCGGAGCCAGCGAGGGGAAGUGCCACGAGGGCUGUUCAAAAUGAGGAGCGCCGGGAGCCCCAGAAAGAGAGGGGUGGAGAAAGAGCCGCCCACCGGAGAGGGGUGACCCACUGCACGCGGGUCACCUUGAGGUCCACGGAGCUGCCGCGCUCGGCUGUGCUGCACCGGACAGAGCUGCACCUGCAUAUCCCGCCGCGUAGGCAGACGCAGCACCAAGGUCCAGGCAAGGCCCCUGGCCCCGCGCCGACGCUCGUGUGUGUCUCCAGGCCUCCCCCAAGGAGCCUGCUGUCGGGUAACGGCACACAGGCGGGCCACGAGAGACCUGGGGUCCGGAGGCCGCCCCCGCGGGCACCCUCGCCUCCAGCGUGGCCAGACGCAGAGCCCUCAGCAGGCCCAGAGGCUCGGGGGGGCGACGUGAGGGAGGGCAGGCGGCAGCCACAGGCCCAGUGCCACCUGCGGACCGUGGCCGUGAACAUCAGGGUGCGCUGCCGGCAGGCGGGGGCCGCUCCGGUGUCUCGGAUCCUCGGGGCGAAGGCGCUGAUGCUGAACGUGAACGUGCUGACGGGGUCCAGGCACACAGGGGACCCCGAGCCCCGGGCCUUUUUGACCAGGGCUUUCCUUUGCACCCCGGCGGCAGCGUCCCUUGAUCUGGAACUGGGGAGCAGAGUGAACGCAGCAGCCGCCAGGCUGACAGGAGCCUCUGGUCCUCAGAGGACGCUCCCAGAAUCACCCCGCGCCCAGAAAGCAGAACCCGGAGAGGCGGCUGAUGGCCACCGCGAGCUGGGGGCUGAAAGCGGGGAGCCCUCGGGGAGGGGGCGCGAGGCCCCGCGGCGGUGGGCCUCGGACUUCCUCAUCUGCCUGCGGGGAGGGGAGCGGCCUCCGCAGGUCACGUCCAGAGGGGACGCGCGCCAGUUGGCUGUAGACUCUCAGGACGAGGAGGUUUAUUUGACAGGGUUCGGCACCCUGAGUAUCGGGAGAAGGCUCGAAUGUCUCUUCACCGGGCAGGAGGCUCAGUCGGGAAAGUAUGGAACAGAAGCCCGUAGUACCUCGCAUCCCUGCCCCGCCACGGAGCCCACGAGCGGGCAGAAGCGGGAGGAGGAAGCGGCAGCCGAGCGUGACUCGGGCCACAGAGCAAGGGCGGAGGGCCCCCCUUCACAGCCGAGGGGGGACCCCGGCUCCGGCUCCCCCGUCGGCUCCAGGCCCCGUCCGCGCCCAGAGCCAAACGCCCAACCCCAAGGGAGUUUACCCAAAGCGGCUCUCGGGCCUGCGGAUUCAGGCUCAGGUCCACACACCCCAGAGGCGGAGGGACACAGGGACAGCAGAGUGAGGACCUCGCCUCGGGGGUCCCCUGAGGACGCGAAGGCGGCGGAGGCGCGCGGCGCCCCCCAGAAGGAACGCAGCGCCCCCGAGAAGGAAGGCCCAACCGUGCUGGCAGACACAGCGCAGCAGCCGCGGGGAGGUGGACCCCAGCCCGGGCGGAAGGCCAGCCGCCCGCUUACGUGGCCACCCCCAAAUGGGACGCAGAACACACCGCCGCGGACAGACGCCUGCGAGCAAAUGUCGCUGUGCCCCGGCGCGCGGCUGCUGCCCGGCACACAAGUGGGCGGCACAGCGCUGGGCCGCGUGAGCAGGGGCUGCGGGCAGCGCUGGAGCGCCUCGGAGCUCCAGGCGUCCGCCCUCACUCGGCUCCAGGACCUGCUGACACCCUGCUGGGCGUUUUCACUUCCAGGAGCAGGUCAGGUGGGGGAAACUGAGGGCGGCACUCGCAGCCUCCCGCACCUGGAGCGAAAGCCAGUCAAAACGGGGAAAGGGAAGUUCAAGCAAGGUGCCCCCGUGGCUGGGCGUCUGCAAGAGGAAAACCCCGGAGAGGUCAGUCUGAAGGAGGAGAAACUCAGAAAGGGCAGAAGCCAGAAAGCUCCCGCCCGCCAGGCAGCGAAACCCCCAGCACAGACCCAGACCCAGGCCCUGGCCCGGCUGGGGAAAGGCUGUGCAGGGAAGCAAAACCACGGCCAGGAGCAGGGAGGGCCCCCCGCCAGCCCAGGCGCGCAGCCCCCAGUGCUGCUUCCCAGGCAGGUUCUGGACUCCUUCUAUGCCUACGUUCCCCUCCCUCCCAAAUUUGAGGGCUGGAGGGGCAGAGUGACGGUGGCAGAUUUGAAAAGAGAACUGAGCCCCGAAUAUUUAGCCGUCAAAAUUCCACAUCACCCAGUGCCGCAGAUCCUGGGCGACUUGGGCCGCGGCGCUCCGGGCCACAGGAUGAGACUGGAGUAUGACUUCACCAAGCCCCAGGUCUUCUUGUGGCACGGAGGUGCCUCGGCAAUAGCCAUCCGAAGCCUCUCUGUUGCCAUGCUGAGGCCACCUCAGAUGAAAGACAUGAAGGCGUCUGAGAGAAAGCAAAGACGAGGGCAGAGGGUGGGUCUCUCGGAAGCCCCGGGGAGACCAGCAAGCACUCGGGAGGCCACAUGGGGCAGGGGGGGCUGCUCCAGCAUCAUGGAAGCCGGGGGCCCGGGGGCCCCAGGUAGCACCCCGCAAGAGUCGCAGCCCUUCCCGGUGCCUGAGUGGCGAAUGCAGAAGCCCCCUGGAGUCAGAUCAGAAGCCAGCAGGGAGAGUGGGAGCCCUGUAACCCCACAAACAGAAGACAGGGCUGCUCCGGGACACGGUCUCCUAACACGCACCGAAGAGCCGGGCUCGCUCGCGACGGAACAAGAAGAAAAAGCACCAGAGUCCAUUCCCACACCCACAGAGUCUCCGUUCCCAGCCGAAGCUGCGAGGGAAAGGCCCAGAAGCUGUGUGCAAAGUACCCAAAGUGUGAGCCUCCCCCCGCCCUCAGAAGCGGCACCAGGGGGUUCUCCGCUGGGCCACAUCUCGGGGUGUACCUCACCCCCGGAGCCCUGUCUGCCGGGUCCCACCCCAGACUCGGGCACAUCAAAGGUGCAGAGCCCAAGGAGCUUUCCAGAACCUGUGCCUGCCCCAUACCAAGUUGCAAGCAACAAGGCGGAGCGAGUAGCCAGGGCACCUGCUGCAGGAGAAAACCUCGCUCCCCUUUUUGAAGCCAUUAAAAAUAUGCUUGAAUCCCAGAUGGAACGUAUGAUUCAAGACAAAGUGUGUGCCGAGGUCCUGAAGCAAGUCAGAGCCCACAGCGCCGGGGCUCGGGAGCCGCCGUCCUCGGCAGAGCUAGACCCAACCUUCCGGGCACGUCCCGAAGGGCGGCCAGAAGCCGUUCUAGACCGCGUCACUGCCAGAGAAAAGAGGAAGCUCACCGGUGACUUAAAAUCCAAAGCGCGAGAAAGGAAAGGGAAUCUGAUACCAGCGAGGGUGAGACAGUCCUCCCAGAAGUUCAGCCGCCAUCCAGAAGGACUUCUCUUAGGGGACAGCGGUGGGAGGUGGCGUCCGGGGCGCCCAGGCCUUCCGGCCGCCGGGGGGCCGGACACUGCCACGGAGCUGAGCCUGGGACACAGGUCUCCAGGAGAGGCCACUGCCAACCGCGUGAGGAAUCUGACUGGUGGGGAUGCCAGAGGCAGCACGAAGAUCCUCACCAUGCUCAGGAGCGUCCCCCCACCGCCAAGGAGGGCCUUUUCGGCCCCUUUUGUCGAAGAGAGGCCGUUGGCUCAUGUUCUCCAAAAGCUCUCCAUCCAAGAGAGAGAGAGACUCCUCGUCCAUUUUUCAAUGAGAACGUUGGCGAUGCAAGUGAAAUCCCUCCCCAGGAUGGUGGAAGACUCUCACGCCAUGGCCAGCGCCCAGGACCAGAGGAGACCGCCAUCGAGGUGCAUCUGUCCUGCUGUCAGAGAGCCGAACCGCCAAAAGAGAAUUGUGCUGCUGUUUGAGGAAAAGUCUCUUCACCAAAUAGAUCUUGAUUUGCAGUACAAAUACCAGCGCUUCCUCCUGGGGCUUCCGGAAGAGAGAACGUUCCCUAAGUCAAAGGCAUGUCCCAGAUGCAGUCCCAGGCCAAACCCAGCUGCCAGAGGUAGAGAAGUAGACUGCGGUGGGGAAAGCGCCCGUCUUUGUGCUGGUGCAGCGGCGUCAGGGAAACACUUCUCUUUUAAAGAGCAGAGUCCCCCUGAGCAGGCGGCGUCCAUCAGGAAAGUUCUGGAGCUGGCUCCCAAGCAUGCUUCUGACCCUGGGUGCCCUAGCACAGCCCAGACAGAUAGGGCCAUUCCUCCGAAGGUGAAGUUCACCGUGACCUCAGAAAAAGAGAAAAAAUGUCACGUGUGGUUUCAAGAAACAGAUGCCUGCAACCCUUUUGCCUCCAAGCUCCUGACUGCUGCUCCUCGUGGAGUGGACGCCUGUCCCGCUCAGCUGGCUGAGGGCUGCGCGGAUGGUCUGAAAGCCAUGGGGAACCCCACCGACCUGGACGAGUGCCCGUCCCGAGAAGUACGUGAGAAUGAAGAGUGUGCGUUUGGGGAAGUCAACCGUUGCUUACGUCGGGAAGCAAGACACACGCCGCGUGGGGCACAGAAAGGCACCCCACUGCAACGCCUGCCCAGGGUGGAAAAGAGCAAGUCGUCACUGCCCAGUGAGGCCUGGGCUUCCUGUCACACCAGAGGCUCUAAAAAGCACACCUCAAGUGGAACCCCACCUUCCUGUGGCUCCCGCCAGAGCAAGACCAGUGCCCCCCACGGGCUGUGCGGGGGCUCCCUGAACACCCGCCACAGUGACAGCGUAACUUCUGGGCCAUCCUCCUCGUCCUUCUGUGAGGGGGAGCUGUGCCCGGCGACAAGAAGCGAGACAAGUCACUCUUUGUUUCCCUUAACGAAAUCCAAUAUUAAGUUGCAUCUUGCAAAAAGCCAAAGCCGACUUCACAGACAUUCAGAACGCAAAGAACGAAAGAAAGCCAGGUCGGGCUCGCAGAGCACGAACCCGUCUCAGGACUGCGAGCCCAGCGCGGCCCACGGCAAGCUCAGCGAAGAGCCGCACCCCAGAAGGAGGCCGGGGGAGGCCAGGGACGACCCGGCGGAGAGAUGCGAUCGCUUCCUGAGCAGACAGCCACCAGCUGCAGACACGCGCGCAGAGGAGGCCAGCCUCCACUCGGACAGAGACCAGGGCCCCCCGUUUUUUUAUGCCUGUGUCCCUGCAGACUCCCUGGAGAUUAUCCCCAAAACUGUUCGCUGGGCUAUACCCCCCGAAGGCUUAAGGAAGAGAAAUGUCAGGCUCCCCUUGGUGGCCAAGGUUUCCAGUUCUUGCGAUCUCUUUAGUUCAUCUAAAAACUUGCUGGAGUCCUUCAUGGAGUCGUUCAGCCUCGUCCCCCAGAACUGA